ACGACGACGACGGCGACGACGACGACGACGUAUGCGCGAAUCUCCGUCAGUCGGCGACGGAGUUGCCUGGUUGCAGCGUGGGUGGCACGCGCGCGCGUCGGUCUGCCCGGCCAGCUCGAUUCGAUUAAACUUCGCCGCAGCCCUCUCGCUCGCCGCGAGCGGGGUGAGACCUCGUGCCGUGGUUGCUCGUUACGCCGAGCGUCAUCAUCCCCUCGCGCGUACGUCGGAGUCGCGUCGCGGGACGCGAAUAAACGUCUCGCGACUCGCGCGUCCGCAUCCCGACGCAUUCGGAGGAUACACGGUCGCUGAUCGUGCCAGGAUCGGCCGCCUCCCAUUUGUACGUCGACACGCGGGUGCGAGAGAACGAAACUCAUCAACGAGAUAGUCAAUCACGUGUCAGCAUUCUCGCAAAGCACGGCGGCUGCUCGAUGACCGUCUUCCCUUGUCGAGAGGACGAAGAAGCCGAGGACGAAGAGAACGGUGACUCGCGGAAAGACCGGUGUCUACGUCGCGAUCGGCGAUGUCGUGCGAGAGAAUCAGGAAACGAGCGACGAGCAGUUGAGACGUCCUUGUGGAGGAUAAACCGAUCGCGAAAUAUAACGAAAUCGACAGAAGCCCAACGAGAUCAUGUAAGACUUCUGAUCUCCCGUGACCCCGAGAAAGGCGCGACCACAACAGCAUGAUGUGGAAGGCGAGAUGGUCACGCUUCACUGAGUGCUUCUGCCGACGGCCCGUCCUCGUUCUGGUUCUGCUGCCGUGUCUGAUCGUCGUCACCCUCUACCUCACUUGUAGCGACGAGUACGAAUACGACGUUUUACAGUAUCCGUCCUUCAAGUCGUACAACAUCGCUGAAGGCAUGGUGGAUGGUUACCUCGUAUGGAAUCCGAAAUGUCACAUGCUGUCCAAAAAACCUCUGGAUCCGUCCAUCGCGAAAUUCGUGAGGAAGGAAAAACUGGAGAAAUGCCCGAACGAUCGUGUCCUCUCACAAAUUUCGAGGGAACCUAACGGCAGCGUGUUUCUUUCCCUCGAUCCCGCCCUAAAGACCAUGCACAGCGAUGUCGCAUGCUGUUGGUCGUCUGUAGUCAGGCCCAAGGUGGAUAGACCCAAGAAGGACAAUUACGACUCAACGAUAUCAGUCAAGCAAUGCGAGAACUUCACGGGACAAGUGAUGCUUCCGCGCGAAGUGGAGGUGGCGUACGUGUCAUGCAAAGCGAAGACGAAGUCGAAGCCCAAGACGAAGACGAAGAACACGAAGCUGUCGGCUACGGUGAAUACGGUGUACGAGAACGUUCACGCGAUCCUGAACCCGGAGAAGGUACGCGAACGCAUAGAUCACAACGGCAGUCAAUCCGGAAACUUUUCGAGGAAGUUAAGCGUGCUCAUCCUCGGCAUCGACAGUGUCAGCCGGCUGAACUUCUACCGGGCCAUGCCGAAGACCGAGCGAUACCUGCGCGAGACCGGUUGGAUCGGCCUAAAGGGCUACAACAAGAUCGGCGAUAACACGUUUCCGAAUCUGAUGGCGAUCUUAACCGGUCAGACGCCGCAGCAGGCGUACUCGCGGUGCAAGCCGACAGUGGCCUACAAACUCGACAACUGCCCCUUCCUCUGGCACAACUUCCGCAACGCCGGCUACGUCACGGCCUACGGCGAGGAUGAGACCAUCCUGAACACGUUCAACUACCUCAAGGUCGGCUUCGUCGAGCCGCCUACGGACUACUACUUGAGACCGUACAUGUUAGCCAGCGAGAAACUUCUCAAAAUCAAGAAAAGAUUCAACAUGAAAUACUGUACGGGACCCGAGUUGAGCUUCGAACGGAUCUUCGACUACGCUGUGAACUUUGCCCAGACCUUCGUCAGCGCGCCGUAUUUCGGUUUCUUCUGGACGAACACGAUCAGCCAUGAUAACAUGAACAGCAUCUCGUCGAUGGACAAUCGUGUGUUGAAGAAAUUCGAGUUUCUGGAACAGGAGGGAAUACUGAACGAUACAAUGAUAGUUUUCCUGAGCGACCACGGCAUGCGCUGGGGUGAGUUUCGCAACACCUUCGUCGGCUGGUACGAGGAGAGAUUGCCGUACAUCUACAUCUGGCUGCCGGAAUGGUUCCGCCGGGAGAAUCCCGAGGCCCAUCGAGCCCUCGCGGUGAAUCAGAAUCGACUCACCUCGCCGUACGAUCUCUACGAGACGCUGCGCGAUGUCCUCGCCGUCGGAGGUGGCGACGCUGAUUCCAGUUCGGGAUGUUCCACCUGUCAGUCCCUUUUCACCCCCGUCCCCAGAGAGAGGGGCUGCCAGGACGCGGGUGUGGCUUAUCAUUGGUGCACUUGUACGGCCUUCAAGUCGAUCAACGUCAACGACAGGAUCGCCUCCGGUGGUGUGCAGAAGUUCCUGGAUCAUGUUGAGAGCAUCGUGAAAAAUUACAAGAACAAGAAAGGUCGGCGACUGUGCGCGCGACUCAAGCUGAAAAAGGUGCACCGGGUGAGCCAAAUGAUCGACUUCGGCACGGAUAGCCCGUCCAGCGUCGCGUAUUUCUAUAUGAUUCAGACGGCACCCGGCAACGGGAACUUCGAGGUAACCAUCAGAUAUCACGGCGACGGCAAUUACACUUUAUCCGACAGCGAAGUUAGCAGAAUCAACCCAUAUGCUGUGAGCGCCAGGUGUCUAAAUCGCGGCAUGAAGCAGUAUUGUCAUUGCAUGAAGUAGACAUCGCGAACUCACUCAAGUUUUGGCUCUGUACGCGUUGUCGCAACUUUGUACUUCAUUAGCGUUUCGAUGAAUCGAAUCAAUCGCCGCAGAAGUCAACUUUUUUAACCCUUAAGUGCGCAAUUUUUCGUGGCAUUCUGAGUAUUUAAAUAAAUAAUGACUACUUAAGAAAUCUUUAAAAAAUAUUUAAAAAAUUUUUUACUAAUAAUUUAAACCCUUUACAGAUGGAAAGACCCUUUAUGCUUUUCCAUUCAAAAGGGAAAAAAGAGUCAAAAGGCCCUUUAUAAAUAUGCAAAAUCGCGCGUUUUCAGUUUGAACUCCAUAAGGGAGAGCGAUCACGGAGCAUCGAAAAGUCACUUUGCAUAUAUGCAAAAUUAUGCACUUAAGGGUUAACCAAAACGUAUAACUCGUUAGAAAAGAAGCGACUCCCACACAGCAGCGAAAAUAUUCAAACGUUACUUUAAAUAACUUUUCAGAAACGUAAGAUCUUGCGACGAGCGUUUGCAUGACGUACUACCGCGAGUUUUACUUUUGCGUGUCUUUUCCGCAAUGAUCGAUCAAACUUAAUUGCUUUAUUAAAUAUAUAUGUACUAUCAUGCGACAAUUUUGAAUCGAUUUCUGUUUAACGCGCAAAUGUGUGAGGCAUAGUUCUACUGAUAUGCUUGGUACAUAUCAAAAGUUGAUUGCCUCAUCUCAAGGAACUAUAGGGACCUGAGUGUGGAUAUACAUGGACAUACUUUCGUUUACCAAGAAUAGCUGGGACUAGAUUUUUUUUUAAGCCACAGCUUAGCAAUAGUCGGUUCGAUACCAAUGAAUUAAAUUUAUUAAUUUAAGAAAAAAGGACCUUGCCCAAAAUGGACCAUUGGCGCACAACAUUGAAUUAUAUGCCAUUUCGUAGGUAUUGUUAUUGUGUACAUCAUUAGAAAAAUAAGUUUAAGUUCUGGGAUGGUGGGCGGAAGAAGUUAUGACUGAUUCAAUUAUCAGUCUUAAUAUCUUAUUCAUUAUCACCGUCAGAACUGUCAGAAAAUGAUAUAAAAAUUACUUCAAUAUGCUCUGAUGGUAGUGUGAUUCUUGCGUUUGAGUGUUUUUUUUCUUUCGGCCAAAAAGAGCAAACCAGGCGUGACUUAGUCAAACAAACCCAUCCCUGAUAACGGUCAACGAUAGAAAACGAUAAAAAAUUUCUUAUCGUUUUUAAUACGAUUAGUGAAUCGUUUAUUUACGGUACUCUAUCAGAAACUCACGUUAGAAAAUACUUGGAAUUCCAUCAUAAAUGUCUUAUCAGCUAUACAUCAGUUUUUAUCGUUUUUAAUAUAGUUAGUGAAUCGUUUAUUUACGGUACUCUAUCAGAAACUCACGUUACAAAAUACUUGGAAUCUUAUCGUAAAUGUCUUAUCAGCUGCAUAUCAGUUUCUAUCGUUUUUAAUGCGGUUAGUGAAUCGUUUAUUUACGAUACUCCAUCAGAAACUCACGUUACAAAAUACUUAAUUGGGAUCCUAUCGUAAAUGUCUUAUCAACUGCACAUCAGUUUCUAUCGUUUUUAAUAUGGUUAAUGAAUCGUUUGAAUCGGUUUUAGUCAAUCCAUUUCAAUCGUUACGAAUAGGAAUCAGAUUCAUACCGAUUCAUUUCUUUCAAUCUUUCAAUUUUUAUCAUUUUGAAGAACGUCGGGAACGGGGCAACUAGCGCCAGGAGUCGGAGACCACUGGGCUCGAUGUUCGGUGUCCGGGGCGGCUACCGCCAGGAGGUCCUUAUAGGAAGAGAUCCCUCCAGUUACGAUACUGGAUUUCUCUGCUUUUUGCCUCGCAAGGAGUCUGCUUAUAUAUUAUGACUGGAUGUAUUUUAAAUACGAGAAGCGCUUUCCAUCAUGCGCGACCUAAGCGGCAUUGUCGCGAACUAAUCGCCGAUUGGUUGAUGCGGAUUCAAUUUAUAUCAUAGAUAUACGAUAAAAAACGAACCGAUUUGCUGCUGUAAAAAAGAUGAUAAGUUGUAUGUCAGAAAAUCCUCAUAAAAAACGAUAGAUGUAUCGGUUCGGUUAAGUCCGUAUAAAUAUCGACGAGAUGUCUAUUGUUUUAACCUUAUAAAAACAUAUGCAAAGUAGAAGGCUUUCAAACGAUUCAAUUUAUAUCAUGGAUAUACGAUAGAAAACGAACCGAUUUGCUGCCGUACAGAAG